AGCACUAUCUGCACAUCCGACCGGCUCCCAGCGACAACUUGCCCUUGGUGGAUCUAAUCGAGCACCCGGACCCUAUCUUUGACCCCAAGGAGAAGGAUCUUAACGAGACCUUGCUAAGGAACCUCAUGGGCGGACACUUCGACCCUAACUUUAUGGCUAUUUCCUUGCCCGAGGACGGCUUUGUGGAGGAUCUAGCCGAGCUGGACUUGCUGCUCAGGCAGAGACCCUCGGGAGCGAUGCCCAGCGAAAUCAAAGGGCUGGAGUUUUACGAGGGGCUGCAGCCGGGCAAGAAGCACAGGCUGAGCAAGAAGCUGCGCAGGAAGCUGCAGAUGUGGCUCUGGUCCCAGACCUUCUGCCCGGUCCUAUACACGUGGAACGAUCUCGGCAGCCGCUUUUGGCCCCGGUACGUCAAAGUGGGCAGCUGCUACAGUAAAAGGUCUUGUUCAGUCCCAGAAGGCAUGGUUUGCAAACCUGCCAAGUCCGUGCAUUUAACGAUCCUGAGGUGGAGGUGCCAGCGUCGGGGAGGGCAGAGGUGCACAUGGAUACCCAUCCAGUACCCCAUCAUUGCGGAGUGCAAGUGCUCCUGCUAGGGCUUGCCCUUACCUUGUCUCCCCCCUUCUCCAGCGGACUCACGUGGACCUUUGCUGCAACAAAAAUAAAAGACAUUUGCUUUCUGGUUAACGUUGUAAUGCACUGUAACGUGUAGGAGAAUGUAUAUUGUGUGUAUAUAUGGCACCGUUUUAAUAUACUAUUAAAAGGUCAGUAUUAUACGUGAAAUAAUCAGCGUCUACUGUAUUUUUAAGACUAUUACCCUGA